AUGAGGGGGCCCUUCAUGUUGGUAGUGGGCAAGGCCAAAGCCAAAGGAAAUUAUGGCGAAAGUGGGAUGGAAGCUUUCAAAGACAUGUCAGCUAAAGAAGGGAUCUGCAUUGCCCAUUCCUACAAGAUCUACAGCAAUGCCGGGGAGCAGAGUUUUGAUAAGUUGUUGGAAAAGCUAAGAAGCCAUUUACCCAAAGCAAGAGUUGUAGUGUGUUUCUGUGAAGGCAUGACAGUACGAGGACUGUUGAUGGCAAUGAAGCGCUUGGGGCUGGCUGAUGAAUUUUUGCUGCUGGGCAGUGAUGGCUGGGCAGACAGGUAUGAUGUGACAGAUGGCUACCAGCGUGAAGCUGCUGGUGGAAUAACAAUCAAGCUCCAGUCCCCUGAUGUGAAAUGGUUUGAUGAUUAUUACCUACAACUUCAUCCAGAAACCAAUCUGCGAAAUCCAUGGUUUCAGGAAUUUUGGCAACACCGGUUCCAGUGCCGGCUGAAUGGGUCCCCUCAGGAGAACCCCAAAUUCAACAAGACCUGCACCAGUAAUUUGACCUUAGAAACACAACAUGUGCAAGACUCCAAGAUGGGGUUCGUGAUUAAUGCAAUAUAUUCCAUGGCAUAUGGCCUCCAUAACAUGCAAAUGGCACUGUGUCCAGGCUAUGCGGGUCUUUGUGAUGCUAUGAAGCCAAUCGAUGGACGGAAACUUCUGGAUUCUCUGAUGAAGUCCAACUUCACUGGGGUUUCUGGAGAUAUGAUCUCAUUUGAUGAAAACGGAGACUCACCAGGACGGUAUGAGAUCAUGAAUUUUAAGAAAAUGGGGAAGGAUCGUUAUGAUUACAUCAAUGUCGGAAGUUGGGACAAUGGUGAACUGAAGAUGGAUGAUGGUGAAAUUUGGUCAAAGAAAAGUUCUGUCAUCAGAUCUGUAUGCAGUGAACCUUGUGAGAAAGGAGAGAUUAAGGUUAUCCGCAAGGGAGAAGUCAGCUGCUGUUGGACCUGCACCCGAUGCAAAGAGAAUGAGUUUGUCUUUGAUGAAUAUACAUGCAGGGCCUGUGAGCUGGGCUCUUGGCCCAACCAUGACCUCACUGGCUGCGAUUUAAUCCCAGUUGAAUAUCUACGAUGGGGUGAUCCAGAACCCAUUGCUGCAGUGGUUUUCGCCUGCUUGGGUCUCCUGGCCACUUUAUUUGUCACUGCCAUAUUCAUCAUGUACCGCGACACGCCAGUUGUCAAAUCCUCUAGCCGAGAGCUCUGUUACAUCAUCUUGGCUGGAAUCUUUCUGGGUUACCUGUGUACCUUCUGCCUCAUUGCAAAGCCCCAACAGAUCUACUGUUACCUUCAAAGGAUUGGCAUCGGUCUCUCCCCGGCUAUGAGUUACUCAGCUCUAGUGACGAAAACAAACCGCAUUGCAAGGAUUCUGGCUGGCAGCAAGAAGAAAAUCUGCACCAAGAAGCCACGGUUCAUGAGCGCUUGUGCCCAGCUGGUCAUAGCUUUUAUCCUGAUAUGUGUUCAGCUUGGCAUCAUCGUUGCCCUGUUCAUUAUGGAGCCCCCAGAUAUAAAGCACGAUUAUCCAAGUAUCCGAGAAGUGUACCUGAUAUGCAACACCACCAACUUGGGGGUUGUGACCCCUCUUGGAUACAAUGGUUUACUCAUCUUAAGCUGUACCUUUUAUGCAUUCAAGACCAGAAAUGUCCCUGCAAAUUUCAAUGAGGCCAAAUACAUUGCCUUUACUAUGUAUACCACCUGCAUCAUCUGGCUGGCCUUUGUACCAAUUUAUUUUGGGAGCAACUAUAAGAUUAUCACCAUGUGCUUUUCAGUAAGCCUGAGUGCCACUGUGGCACUCGGUUGCAUGUUUGUACCAAAGGUGUAUAUCAUUCUUGCCAAGCCAGAGAGGAAUGUACGCAGUGCAUUCACCACGUCAACUGUGGUUCGCAUGCAUGUUGGAGAUGGAAAGCCUUCUUCUGCAACCAGCCGUUCAAGCAGUUUGGUCAACCUGUGGAAAAGAAGGGGAUCAUCUGGAGAAACUCUAAGGUACAAAGGCAGGAAGCUGGCCCAGCACAAGUCGGAAAUAGAGUGUUUCACUCCAAAAGGGAGUAUGGGAAAUGGUGGGCGAGCGACAAUGAGCAGCUCCAAUGGGAAAUCAGUCACAUGGGCCCAGAAUGAAAAAAGUACAAGCAGAGGAGCCCAUCUCUGGCAAAGGCUUUCAGUCCACAUCAAUAAGAAAGAGAACCCCAACCAAACCGCAGUGAUCAAACCCUUCUCUAAAAGCACAGACAGCAGCCGGCACAGCAGUAGCACCACAAUUGCCACUACAUUUCCUGAUUCCAGUGCCAAAACACUUUAUGAUGUCUCUGAAGCUGAGGAGCACUAUCCAGCUCAAUAUCGAGCUCAAACUCCUUCCCCUAUCAGUACAGUGAGCCAGAGGACUGCUUCCCUUAGCCGGACUGAAGAUGAUGUUCCAACGUUCCAGACUGAACAAGCCCAAAGAAGCAGUUCUUCCCAAGGAUCCCUGAUGGAGCAAAUCAGCAGUGUAGUGACUCGAUUCACUGCCAAUAUCAGUGAACUGAACUCCAUGAUGCUUUCUACCACCACACCAGGAGCAAUGGUGACUACUCCUUUGUGCUCUUCCUACUUGAUUCCAAGGGAAAUACAGCUUCCAACCACUAUGACAACAUUUGCAGAGAUCCAGCCUCUCCCUGCCAUUGAGGUCAAUGGAGCAUCUCAGUCAGCCAGGAAGCCUUCUUGUGGAAGUGUCAAAGAAGGUCUUUCAGCAGAAACCCCAGCAGCUCCCAAACCCGAGCUUGAAGAGUUGGUGGCUUUAACGCCUCCCUCCCCUUUCAGGGACUCUGUUGAUUCUGGAAGUGGUUCACCCAGUUCUCCAGCAUCUGAAUCUGCCCUUUGUAUGCCGUCGUCACCGAAAUAUGACUCACUUAUUAUAAGGGAUUACGCGCAGAGUUCUUCUUCUUUGUGA